AUGCCUGUGGUUACUGUGAAGUAUAACUUUCAACUUUUCAAAUGUAAAGUUACUUCGAAUUCCACACUAAACGAUGUAUUACACCAAUCUUUGCAGUUCUUCCAACUGCGCACCCCGCCAAACGAUUGGACAUUGGUACAUUUGGAUAAGCCAGUGCCAUUAGAUUUGCCAUGGAGGCUUCUAAACUUACCAAUGGGUGUCAACUUAGAAUUAUCUAACAAUAUUAAUUCUCCGGUGGCAAAUAAGAGCAACAACGAAGAUAUGCGAUCAAACACAAUUAAAAUACGGUUUCAAAUUCCAGGAAGAGAUUCAGUAGUUAAAGAAGUGCCAUCCGGUCAACCAAUUGCCCCAAUCUUGCAAAAUAUAAGUGGUGUUGCAGGGAAUGAUUUCAAGAUUCAAGUGUUUUCCAGGACCAUAGAAUAUAAAACAAUUAAGGAUGAGGAUUUGACGCUUGAAAAAUUAGGAAUCCAAGAACCAUCUUCAAUUAGAUUGCUUCUUGCUAAUCCAUCGUAUUCUAAGGGCGUUAGCACGAACAGCGCCGCCCACCUAGAACAAAUUCCUCCCACAGUAGUGACAAGCCCGGAAACAGUUGCCUCGUCACCACCUCAUGAAUUUCAUAAACCUUCUGUGUUCUUGCCUUCGGAUGAGCCACUAGCAGCUAUCAAGGAUCAAAUUGAAGGUGAAGAAGACUACGAAUUGACAGUAGAACAAGCCAAAAAAUACCAAAAAAUGUUAUCAUUGAAGGCCGGUACUUUAGGUGGUCCUAUUUUAACAAAAAGACUUAGAGAGCAAUCAGCAAACAAUUCGCUUAAGAAAAAUAAGGCUAUAUCUGAAUGUUUACUAAGAGUCAAGUUUCCUGAUAGAAGCCACAUCGAAAUAGCAUUUAAACCCAAUGAAGAUAUGCGUACAGUCUAUAACGUCGUAUCGCAGUUUCUGAUCGAUGAAAAAAUGCCUUUUACGUUAAAUCAAUCCCAUCCUUUUAAACCAUUGGCUAAAAAUGAUCAGACGCUAUUGAAUGACUUGGAGUUUGGCUCUAAAACAAUGCUCCUUUUUGAAACAAAUUCAAGUUUUACUGGACCCUUAAUAAAGAGCUCUCUUUUGGAAGAUGCGCAAAAAAUUGCACACCAGACAAAGAUAAACCCACCAGCUAAUACGACAGAUAAGCCCAAUUCACGGGGGCCCUUUGAUAACGCUGCAAAUAUCAAAAAGACUUUGAAUAGAGUACCUAAAUGGAUGAAAUUGAGUAAAAAAUAA